CAUCAGAGAAUUCAUACUGGUAAGAAACCCUAUGAAUGUAAGGAAUGUGGGAAGACCUUUAGUUAUUGCUCAAAUCUUAUUGACCAUCAGAGGAUUCACACUGGUGAAAAACCCUAUAAAUGUAAAGUAUGUGGUAAAGCCUUUACUAAGAGCUCACAGCUUUUUCAACAUGUGAGAAUUCACACAGGUGAGAAACCCUAUGCAUGUAAGGAAUGUGGCAAAGCCUUUACUCAGAGUUCAAAACUUGUCCAGCAUCAGAGAAUUCAUACUGGUGAGAAACCCUAUGAAUGCAAGGAAUGUGGUAAAGCCUUUAGUAGUGGUUCAGCACUUACUAACCAUCAGAGAAUUCACACGGGUGAGAAACCCUAUGACUGUAAGGAAUGUGGGAAGGCUUUUACUCAGAGCUCACAACUUCAUCAACAUCAGAGAAUUCAUGCUGGUGAGAAACCUUUUGAAUGUCUUCAGUGUGGGAAAGCUUUUACUCAGAAUUCACAACUUUUUCAACAUCAGAGAGUUCAUACAGAUGAAAAACCGUAUGAAUGUAAUGAAUGUGGAAAAGCCUUUAAUAAAUGCUCAAACCUUACUCGGCAUCUGAGAAUUCAUACUGGUGAAAAACCCUAUAACUGUAAGGAAUGUGGGAAGACAUUUAGUAGUGGUUCAGACCUCGUUCGUCAUCAAGGAAUUCAUACUGAUGGAUAAUAAAAAUUAAAGCUCUUUCCACCUUCCUAAUAUUUUAAAUAAAUAAUUCAUGUUUGACAGUUAACUUUUUUCAUUGUUUUUAAAGUCUCAAAUUUUUAUUUUGAUUUCAGUUUUAAUGCAGAUGUAUUUCACUCUAAGAUAUAAAUCAGGGUCUAAAUUGAUAUUUGUCCUCCUUUCCCGAAAAUCAUAUCCCAAUGCCAUUUAGUCUGAUACUAUCCUUACCUGUUAUUUUGUUUACCUUCUUGGUGAUAUGGUAUAUUCUUGUUUGUAUUUGCUUGUGUUUCAUAGCUAUCUUUUUCCCCCAUCUACAUAUUUAUACUUGUAUCAAUACCAUGCUAUUUUUGUUACCUUUAUUAUUUUUAAAUUCCCUGUAGAAUUAUAACUUUGUUUUUGAUGUCAGUGUUAAUGUUUUUCUUUCACAAAUUUAUGCUCUUAUAGUAAAUAGAAGAUUUACAGAAAACAUAAAAAAGUGCAAACUGAAAACGCAAGAUUACUUGUAAUAAUACCAACUAGAGGCUACUAAUCUCAAGUUGUUGGAGCAAAUCCUGCCAGACUUUGUUAAUGAAAGUGUAAUCAUGGUAGGUGUUGUUGUAAGGUGCCAUUGAGUCAAUUGCGACUCAUAGCAACCCUACAGGAUGUAGUAGAACUGCCCCAUUGGGUUUCCAAGGAGCAGCUAGUGAAUUUGAACUGCCAACCUUUGAUUGGCAACUGAACUCUUAACCACUCUACCACCAGGGCUCCAUGGUAGGUAUACUGUACCUUUUUCUCAUGCUAAAAUGUACUACGGCUGCCAUUGCAGUCAUUAUGAGUUCAUUCAUACUGAUGAAUGUUAUGAUUAGCUCUAAAAUUUUUGCAAUUAUAAAAGCUGCCGUGAUUUAUAGAAUCCAAAUUCAUCUUUAAAUGCUUUUUUCUUCUUUUAAAACAUCUAUUUUUAGUGCUGAAGUUAUCCACAUUUUGUCUUUAUAAACUGUUGUUUCUUUCAAUUAACAGUCCUCAUCUCAAUCCCAUACUAGAAAGGUAAUGAUCGUUAUCAAAGAUUUGUUUAUUCUUCUAGAUUUUUUUUCUAUUUUUACUUGUAUAUACUAGUGGUGUUUUAUUAUGUACAAGUAUAUGUAAUCAUGCUGUAUGUAUUGGUUUGCUGUGAGGAUUCAAUGAAUUAAUAAAUGUAAAGUGCUUAGAAAUAUUCAUUUCACGUAGUAAAUAUUUUGUAAAAUUACCCACUAUUUUCAUCAAUACAUUAUUAUAAUUAUUUUUAGAAGAUUUUAACCAUGUUGUUUACCUCUGUCAAAAUCAGAAUUCAUAAUAGAAAAAAGAGAAAUGAAUGCAGUAAGUAUGGGAAAGCCUUUCCACAAAGCUCAUUAUUAUUCAUCAUGGUAUUUUUUAAAAAGGAAAAAAUACAUGUGGGUAGUAUUCAUUGAGGCUUCAUCUUUUAUGCUGCACAAGGAUUAAUGUCAGUAUGAAACUUGAUAUAAUGAGGGGUAGUUGAAAUCACAGCCGUCAAAAAAGUAGGGAGAGAUGAGAAUAUUUUCCCUAAUACUCAAAAAAAGCAGAAAACCUACGGGUCACAUUAUUUGACUAGAGAAAACAUUAACAGUAGAAUAGCUAUUAAAUAUGUGAAUAUUAAUUUCAUGCUCUCAGUUAACAUGAGUUAAAGAAAUAAAACCUUAAAAUACACAUUUAAGUGAUCGUAAAUGAGAACACUUCUAUAGAACCUGAGUGGCAGAGCUGUAUUUACAGAACAUUGUAUAACCUUAACAUGCAUGACUAUACAAAAAUACUAGAAAGAUUAUAAAUUGUAAAAUCACUGUAGAACCCAGGGAGCUAAAACAACGGUAAAAAAAAUCCAAAAUGUGGGAGGAGGAAGGAGUUAUUAAGUAUAAAAGGCAAAAUUAAUUGAAAGAAAAUAUAAACUGGAUAUAAAGUAGAAAAAUUUAUUAUUUGACAAAACAACAUGUAGACCUUAGUGAUUCUGGUGAGCGUAUGAGGAUGACCAUAUUUUGAAUGACAAGUGGAAAUGACUGUAAAGAUUUUAAAGGUAUAUUUUUUUGGAUGAUGAAAAUGUUACAUGAUUAGUGGUUAUGGUUGCAUAACUUUUUGAAUAUGCUAAAAGCCAUUGAACUGUACACUUUAAAAGGGUGAAUAUUAUGGCAUGUGAAUUUUAUUCAACUUUUAAAAACUUUUAAAAGUACUACAGAUAUUUUUAUACUAUAUAUGAAAAUGAAGGGAAAACUGAUUUUUGUAAGAAAUUGUUCAUUGUCAGAAUUGAUUUGAGAAGAGGUGUAAAAUCUUAAUAGACUCCCCUCCAAAAGGAGCAUUUUAAAACUGGACCCAAAAAAACCUAUAAAAAAAGAAAAUACUGUCAAUAGUUACACUAAAGAAAUCAUCAAAUGAGAUUUUUAUGGGUGAAAUCUACGAAAAGUCCAAGAAACUUCCAGGACAUAGACUGAGAAAGCAAGUUAUCACCUAUAUCUUUAUGAAUCCUGUGAUUCAUAAAGAAUGUUAAAACUUUGCUUAGAGAACACAAAAUGCAUAUUCAGAAUCAGUUAUGAAAAUAUGCAACAUAAAUUAGUGAAUUAAAUUUAGUAAUUUGUUGAAAGAAAACAAAUAUUCACAAUCUAAAUUUAGAAAUGAAAAGAUGCUGAUAAUUCCUUAUCCAAACUUGCUACUCACUUUUUGGAAACCAAAUUGAUUUAAGUAACAGUAUUUCUCAGUAUCCAAGCACAGGAUACUAAAUUUGGAUGUGGAUAGUGACAGAUUCUUGGAAUGCACAAGAUAAUUCGUACGGAAUUUUCAUA